UGUAAGAGAAAGCUGCUGCACCACAAUGAUCAGAAGACUGGCUGUUUUGAUUCUACUUAGUACCAUGUACCUGAUUCGAACUGCAGAAGUUCCUCACCAGAUCUCUUUGACUGUGGUUGAAGUUGGUAGAAAUGUAACUUUGGAGUGUCCAGUUUCUGAGACGGGAGGCAAAUUCUUUUACUGGUACAAGCAGCCUCUUGGAUAUACGUUCCAACGUGUCGUUGCUGAAAUUCUUAGCAAAUUAGCCAUUGAUAAACAAUUUAACAACUCACGUUUCACAGUUACAAAACGGGAUGCUCAGUAUUUUCUUACCAUUACAAAUAUCAGCAAAGAGGACGAAGCAACAUACUUCUGUCACUAUGGAGUGACAUAUUCAGAGAGUUUCAAUGGCAUCUUCUUAGCUGUGAACGAUCUUAAUCAGCAGAAAGCUGUCUAUGUGAAACAAAGUCCGGAGACUGAGUCAGUCAAGCCGGGCGACUCAGUGACUCUCCAGUGUUCCCUACUCUCCAAGACAAAAGGAAACACAGAUCAGUGUCCAGGUGAACACAGAGUGUACUGGUUCAGAUCUGGAUCAGGAGAAUCUCACCUAGGUAUCAUUUACACUCACAGCGAUGAAGAAGAGGAAAGAAGUUGUGUCUACAGUCUGUCCAAAACUAUACAGAACUCCUCUGAUACUGGGACUUACUACUGUGCUGUGGUCACGUGUGGAGAGAUCCUGUUUGGUGUUUGCUCCUGUGAAGUUAAUCAGUGUUUAUCAUUAUAA